AUGCAUGUUUGUGGCUUAAUCGGUUUUACACUUGGAUUCUACAACUCACACCUGAUCCACGGUAUGGCAAACAAAGGAGUCCCUUUCACAAAUAUGGCUGACGAAACAAACGCCAAGGUGGGACAUACAGAUGGAUCGGGUGGAGAGUGUUUGCGAGGUCAGUCAGAGGAUCGCACUGAUGCGGGAGUCGAAGUUGUGGAACAGGAGAUCACAGCGGAAAAGCAGAAGGUUGUGGAUCGUAGUAUAAAGGUGAUAUCUGAUUAA